UCGCGCCUUUUGGUGUCAUGAGCAGUGCCGCGACUGAUGCGGCCGCCAAGGAAGGGACGGAAAAGGCAGCAAAUGAUGCACCCAAGGCGGUGGCGUCUCACCAUGCUGCGGAGAAGAACCCAUGGCUGCAUGCAUACCACAACUCGGUGGCCGGCAUCAAGGCAUUCACCAACUGCGUUCAACUCGCUGAUGUGUACGGCGACGGCGACAACAAGUUGAUCGUGGCAGACGCGGACCGCCGUCUCAAAAUGUACAAAGGUUCUACGUUGAUGAGCGAGCAAGCGUUGUUGGGUGUCCCCGUGGCGUUGAGUGUCUUCUUCUCUGAAUCCACGCGACCGCGCACGCCGUCCAUUGCUGUGGCGUCUGGGCCUUCCAUUUACAUUUACCGCAACAUGCGUCCGUACUACAAGUUUGCAAUUCCCGUGCUGGACGUCGACCCCGAAGAAGACAAGCUCUGGACGAGCAUCGCCAAGUGCGAAACCGACAUCCCCGCCGCCAACCACCAGCUGAACCUCUUGCGGGCUAAUGGCAUUCGGUUGACCCAGCGCUCCCGCGGGUUUCUCGCCAUCGACGACAUUGACCAGCAAGCCGAUUACGUGUCCAGGUUCAUCGACGAGCCUCUCGUGGAGCAAACGACCAUCACGUGCAUGACUACGAUCAAUAAAAAUAUGGACGAAAAGGACGCUAUUAGCUGCUUGGUCGUGGGCACCGAAGCGUGUCAGGUGUUCAUCUUGGACCAACAAGGUACGGCGGUGCUGUGUAAGACGUCAAUUCCGUCUGUCCCUGUGGACAUGGUUAUCAACGGCUUGUACGAUGUCGAAUACCGUGUGAUCGUGUCGUGCCGCAACGGGUCUGUGUACACUGUCAAGAAUGGCGAGCUCUUGCGCAGUGUGAUCGAAUUGGAGUCACCGGCGUGCGGGCUGUUGCAAAUGGACAAAAACAUCAUCGUCGCAUGCGUGGACCGCAAAGUUAUCUCUUAUCACCUCAAGGGCAAGAAGAACUGGAGCAUGAGCAUGUCCCAGGACAUCGUCGCUUUGGAGGCGAUGAACCUCCGCCGCACCAAACACACGAAAGGCAUCUUGAUUGCCCUCCGCAAGGGUGAAAUCCUGCUCUACCACGAAAAGAUCAAGGUGCACAGCUUCAAUAUCGAAAGCAACUUGACCGCCAUGUUAUUUGGCCAAUUCGGCCGCGAAGAAGCGUCUUUAGUGCUGGUGCACAAGACGGGAGCGUUAACGCUCAAGAUCCUGCAGCGCAAUGCCGACUUGGAGGCGAGCGCGACCGCCGCCGGGCCCCCGCCCGAACAAGAUAUUCCGCUGAACGUACCCAAGAAAACGAAAUUGUACGUGGAGCAGACGCAGCGUGAGCGGGACCACGCUACGGAAAUGCACCGCCAUUUUCAGCGCGAUCUGUGCAAACUACGCCUGACGACGGUCCGCUCGUACGUGAAGGUGAUUCGCGACGGCCAAGGUCCAGUGUCGUACGCUACGGGGGCGGCGAUCCGUUUAAACGCAAAAGUGCAAGGCAUCGGGCCGCGCUUCAAGAUCCAAUUGCAGCUUCAAAACUCGGGCACCAAGUUUGCAUCGGAGGUGCCCAUCGCCCUGCAUUACGACCACACGUUGUACCGCGUGGGCACGAGCCUGUUUGUCGUGCCGCUUCUGUUGCCGGGUGUGCCGUACGCGUAUACGGUCGACGUCGAGAGCGUCGCGUCUGCCGCCGACAGCAUUUACAUUUUCGUGUGCGGAAAAGACAGUUGCGUGCCACUGGUAUCGGCUGUGGUCAACAUGCCAUUGAGUGAACUGUUGGCCUCGACUCUUUCUUAAGUGGAUACACUACGACAAUGUAUACAACAAACACCAUGCGAUUGGGUGUGUAUAGCUGUAGUUGCAAAGUGAUUCAAUAGUAGUCCCAUAGACCAAUCAAUACAUCGCUCGUAGUGAUUCGGUCGGGAAAGGGAAAUGUUACUUUCAAUAUAUUUGGCCUUUUG